AUGGCAACGAAGCCGGAUGAUCUGGCAGCAAAGCCCGUAUGGGAUCCUGGGUUGACACCAGUGGUCUUGGUAGCACACAAGUCUGAUAAGGAUGAAGAGAGAGAGGUCUCCACCGCCGAAGGAUUUGCUCUUGCGAAAGAACUUGGAUGCAUGUUCGUUGAAAGCUCGGCCAAACAUUGCGUCAAUGUGGAAAAUGCCUUUUUUUUGAUUGGGUCCGCGAGCUUCGUCGACAACGAUUACAGAAGAUCCAGCCAUCGAGGCUAG